AAACAAGUCAGUGAUUAUAACAAACUCGGGCGGGUUGCUGGACGCUCGCGCGCAUAAUAUUUAUUUACUUUUAAUUGUAACAGUACUUACUUUUUAAUUGGGUCAAUUUAUUAGCGGUCAUCAUGGCCAACAGAAUAAUUCUGUUGUGCCUAGUGCUCUCUAUAUCGUUCGCGUGUUAUUUUGAGAGUGUCGCGGGCUCGCCCAGAGGAGGAGGAUACAGCAGAGGAGGCGGCAGCAGAGGAGGAGGCUCUUCUAGUUGGGGGAGAGGAGGGUCGUCUUCAAGUUCCGGUAACAGUUGGUCGUCAUGGAACUCCAAACCGAGUUAUCCAUCGUCUGGUGGACUCUCCGGCUAUGGAUCUGGGUCCAAACCCAGCUACCCGUCUUCGUCAGGAGGACUGUCUGGAUAUGGAAGUGGACAAAAGCCGAGCUACCCAUCGUCGUCAACGGGCUUGUCAGGCUCAGGAUCUGGAAGCUCUUCGUCUUCGGGUUCUAGUUGGUCUUGGUUGGGAUCCUCAUCAAGCUCUAAUAAUAAUAAAUAUGGAACUCAUUCCUACCCUAGCUCAAACGGAGGGUUAUCUGGAGGUUCCCGCACCUCUUACGAAGUCUCUUCCCUUCCGGCUGGAGUAAUAUACGCGAACUCGCAUUACGGAAACAAAGAAACUAACAACAAGUACGGGAAUAACUACGCUACACCUCAUAAUACUGGAACUCAUGUUGUGAAUAAUCACAUCACUAAUAAUUAUCAUACUCCCAAUGUAUAUCAUACUUCUCAUCCCUAUUACUCAUCACCGCAGUAUGUGUAUGUGACUGAAUAUAGAAAUUCCGGCAGCCGCUACGGAGACAUUUUGACGGGUUUAGCGUUGUACAACCUGGGGCGCUCCCACAGCCAUUAUCACGAUGACCAUUAUUACCAUGACGACUAUUAUAGACGCCGUUACAACUCAGACUCAAUCAUGAAUAGUAAUUAUUCCCCUCAGAACGCGGCUGUCUGCACUAUGAAAAUCACGGAAAACGGAAGAGUUGAGACAUUGAAAAUACCUUGCGAAAUCGUCUCGACAUUCACUAAUGAGGGUGAGCUGGUUAAAAUUCCUCAGAGUCAAGUUAAUUCUACAACGUGUGUGACGAACUCUACUAUGGUGAACAACACUGCACCUGUGAAUACGACCUCUGUAAAUGCAACCGUGUCAUCUAAUGUGACAAUGAUCAACUUUACGACUUGCACAUUAACUGUCAACGCGACGGAUCCCCUUAAAGUGAAGGGACCUCCUAUAAACCCAUCGAACAUGGAAUGCGAAGUGGAGGUCAGAACUAGGGAUCUCCUUACUAGUAAUAGUGUGGACUGUAACACCUUGCUGCGUUACUCAAAAAUGCCUGAGCCCGAUAAGUCUGAAAAUACGAUAUUACCGGCAAGACAGAAAUUGAAACAGAUUCUACAUAAUCCACCGUGGUGGAUGUCACUGUUCAUUGCUGUGUAAUUUAGGUACUACGUUUACGAGUAUGUAUUAAUCUAUAAAUUAUAUAUACCUACAGAUGUCAAUCACAAUAAAAAAAUCAACAAUGAUCAUCAAACUCUGGUCAACGUGGGAGUCGAAUCCACAUCCUUGGAUUGCCGGUCCAAUGCGUUACCAAUUGCGCCAGCUGACCAUCCGUCAAUCAACGCGAAUUUAGUCUUUGCCUUUGUGACGUCGUCACUAGCGACAUCUGCAUAUUAAGGUUAAGGUUAACAACCUGUAUAUACAAUUUAUAGAUUGUAAUAAAGUGGUACAUCCCACAAUAAAAAAGGAAAAAAUAUAUUAACAUUUAAGGCCAUUCCAUCGGUUUGCCACUAUCACUGUCACAUUUCGCAAAAAAGAACGGUAAAGACCAUGCGCGCCAAGUGUCAAUUUUGAUCGUAUUUUGUCGAUUUUUAUUUAUUUUAAAAACGUUGCCUUACAAUAUAAAAAAAUCGAAAGCGGUAAAAUUACUAUUUAAGUUAAGAUUGUUUUUUCUUCUUUUUUUGUUUUUUGUGUCACAAAAUAAAUAACCGAUUACUCGGUUACUGGAUUAAUUAAAGUCCUAGUUAGAGGUUACUUUGGAAAUUAAUUGUAUCGAGCGAUGUGUCAUAAUUCGUGUAUCGGAAGCUUAUAAAUUAAAGAUAAUAUAAUCAAGAACUACAUAUAUUUUAUCCACGUCUACGAAUAUCAAUGUCUCUUAGAAAAAUAUGAUCAUAUAAGGAGAUUUUUCGCCUUCUGGCUCAGGGAACCGCCUUAAAGAUGUAUAAUGUUUUGAGUAAAAUUUGUACUUGCCAUGUGCGUCAUUAUAAUAACCUUAUAAACCACGUUGUUUAUAAGGUUGUUUAUGUUGGUUGCGUAAAUAAGCUUAAGAUACCAAGAAACUGUUAUCUUAUCUACGCAAUGAGUUGAAAGGUUAACUGAUACGUUAAGUUCAUAAUAAAAACCUUAUUUUUUAUUAAAUUUAUUAUUUUAUAAAAAUGCUAUUAAUUACCUACCUUAACUGAGUGUUAAUCUUUUCGAAAUGUAACAAUUAUGUCGAGAUACUUGGUUUUAUAACCGUUAUACUCUCGGGAUAGGUACCUAGUACCGUUAAGUGUGCCUACUUUGCUCCAGAAUUUGCUUCAAAAUUUGAAUUUUAUUCACUCCUAUCAUGCUUUAGCACUAAAAUGAGGUUAUGAUAUAUGACAUUUUCAUCCAAAAGGUACCACAUUGUCGCUUGUCAAUAAGGUUGAUUUCAUAUUGAAGCUGUAUGGAAAUAGCGCCUUAUUGACAACCGACAAUAAGUACUCUUUUGAUUGAAAAUGGCACAUAUCAUUUUAAUGUAUAAAAACCGGCCAAGUACGAGUCGGACUCGCGCACCGAGGCAGGGUUCCGUACUUUUAGUAUUUGUUGUUAUAGCGGCAGACAGACAGACGGACAGCGGAGUCUUAGUAAUAGUCCCGUUUUUACCCUUUGGGUACGGAACCAUAAAAUCUGGUGGAGCACAAUUUUUUUAUCCUCUGAGGAGCAAAUAUUUGCACAUUUUACGGUUACAAAAAUGUUACAGGAUAUGUUUUGGGUACUUCAUGUUAAACUAAUUAAACUAGAUUUUUUAUUUAAAAUUAAUUAAUAUUUUUUUUAUAUAUAUUUUUGUCUGUAAUAAUUACGUGUCUAACUAUAAAAUGCAAACAGUUCUAAAAAAUCAUCAACAUCCCUAUCCCUAUUCCUUGGUCCAUUGCGUUGCUGUCAUUGCUGCAUUGCGGUCACAAUAAGAAAGUUCCAUUCGUAAUCUUAUGAAGGAGAUUGACAGUGACAUCGGCCGUGUUGACGCUGCGGCUGUAACGUUGCAACAGUAAAGCUCUUGCAGUCGCCAUGCGAAUAUUACUUUUAUAAAUACACAAUCAUUACUAAUAUUAUAAAUGCGAAUGUGUGUCUGUCUGUUACCUCUUCACGCUUAAACCGCUGAACCGAUUUAGUUGAAAUUUGGCAUAGAGAUAGUUCCGAGUCCCGGGAAAGGACAUGAGGUAGUU